AUGGAGGAUCACACAUCUGCUGUUGUCAUCGGAGAUGGCCUCAUUGAAGAAAGUGAAGAGGAGAUGGUUCCACUUGGUGGGCAAAAUUCAACAUUAAGAAUAGCCCAUCUUCUUAAACCCUUUGUUAGUAAAGACCUUGCUUAUUAUCCUCCCCCACCAACUAUACUAAUACCCUCAAACCCCAAUUCUCAGAACUUGAAGAAUUGGUAUUUGACAGGGAGCAAAAACAGCCCAUCAGAAAGAUGGAAGCUUUGGGUGAAAACUUUGGAGCCCAGGUACCAAGAAAUCUGGAAGAGGAGUGGGAUUUAUCAUGCAAUCAAGGCCUCAACUCAUAGUGUUCCAAGGGACAAGAUGGUGAUCUUGGGUGUUGCUGAGUUUUGGUGCUGUGAUACAAACACUUUUGUUUUCCCAUGGGGUGAGGUAACUAUUAGUCUUGAAGAUAUUGUGCAUUUAGGGUGUUUGUCUGUUUUAGGUUGCUCUAUUUUAACUCCCUGUGAAGAUAUUGAUGUUUAUAAUUGUUUGAGAAGUGAAAUUAAGUGUAUUAAACUUGCUAGUGGUGGAUCUGUGACUCCUUGUAUGUGGAUGGAGCAUUUUAUGAAUAGGGGUAAGGGUGUAGAGCAUGAAGCGUUUCUUGUAUUUUGGCUGUCUAAGUUUGUUUUUGUGCGCACUCAGAUACUUGUGCAGGAUUUGGGUGUGGCUAUUCAUUUGUCUAGAGGUACUAGGGUUGCCCUUGCGCCUGUUAUUCUUGCUUGUAUUUAUAGAGAUAUGAGGGUGCUACAUAAUGCAAUGGUUAAGCCGGUCCAAUUAGGGUCUGGAAUUGGUAUGAAGUUCGCUAUGUGGCACUACGAUUUAGUGCAAAUGUGGGUUUGGGAGAGGUUUGUGGACUUGAGGCCAAAGCCAAAUGUCAUAGAAAGGGGGGAGCCUAGAUCAGCACGGUGGAACGGAGUCAGAAAGCUGAACGUUAGUGAUGUCAGGACGGCCUUGAAUGAGGCCAAACUUUUAUUUUUGUGGCGCCCUUAUUCUAUGAUUCAGAGCGAAAGUAUGUUGAGCAACUUGUACAAAGAUAAAGAACAGUGGGUAGUGGUGGAGUCUGAUGCAGUAGAAGCUUUUGCUCAAUGCUUGAGAGCUUCUAACUUGAAUGGAUUAGGUUAUACUGAACAGUAUUUUCCCCAGAGAGUAGCUAUGCAGUUUGGGUUGGACCAAGAUAUUCCUCCCCUUAGUAAUAUUGCUUUGGGCAGUUAUGACAGACCUAUUAGAGGUGUAAAAGUCUAUAUACCACCUCGACUUUUUGAGUCUGAUGUCACUACCCGAUACAAUUCUUGGUGGAGGGGACUUUUGGCUGUCAACGAGAAUAAUGUGAACAGCAACCAUGAUAAACAACUUUUACCAUUGCUUUCUUGUGGACACCAGACCAUUGCAGAAUCCUUACAGACUUCUGGUUCUCUUUCUGUUUGUGUUAUGCAAAGCCUAGAAAAUGGUCCUUUAACUGCUCAACUUAAUAGUCAAGUUGGAAAACCUGAUAGCUUCGAUAAAAGGAAUGAUCUUGGCAAUGAUUCAGUAUUGAGCGGUUAUGAUGAUGUUGAUGAAGAUAGUCUUACAAUUGCACAAUUUCUUAAUCGAUCUAGAAAGAGAGAUAAUUUUGAGAAUGCAAGGGAUGUUGGUGAUGAGCAUUUACUGAAUCAUGUUACUUCAAAUUUGAUGGGAUUGGCAAUAUGCCCUGAAACUACUAAAGGCUUAACCUGCACAAGCGAACCCAUGGAACCAAGUGUGUCGAUUAUGCCUUCUUCGAAUUUGUGCAAGGAGGGUAAAUCUUUUUCUGAAAAACAAUGUGGACCUCUGGAAAUGAGUGCGAGUAGCAUGCCUUCUUCUGAGAAGAAAAGGAAAUCUUCUGUAAAAAGGCAAACAGAAGUUGAAGAAAAUGCUGUUGUCACUGGGAAUUUAAAACCCCUGGAAGUGAGUGUGCAUGGUAUGCCUUCUCUUACAGGUAAGAAAAGUAAAUCUUCAAGUGAUAAGCAAACAGGGGUAGAAGAAUAUGCAGUCGUGAGUCCGGAGGAUGAGAUUAUCAAUCUCGAAGAAGAAAUCCGCGAGGAAUCACAACACCUGGGACUCAUGGCUCGUAUUUGCAGGCUUGAAAUGAUUUUUGAUAUGGUUAAAGCAAUAAAAUCUGGUGCUAGUUCUGCAGGAUAUCCUGAGAAGUAG